AUGCAUAUGAUUGAAGAGCUUAAAGAGUUAUGGGAUGGAGUCAAUGCAUAUGAUUUGUAUGGUCAAUGCAUGUUUAAACUUCGAGCUGCAGUCUUGUGGACAAUUAGUGAUUUUCCUGCUUAUGCAUACUUGUCUGGGUGGGGCACUGCUGGUAAAUUAGCAUGUCCAGUUUGUCUUGAAGGUACAAGAUCUAGAAGAAUAACUGACAAACAAUGUUUCAUGGGAUAUCGAUGUUAUUUGAAAAGAAACCAUUCUUGGAGAAAAAGUAAAGAAUAUGAUGGAUCUACUGAAUUACGUGGCCCUCCUAGAACUUUUACUGGUGACGACAUUUUAAAGAAAUUGGAUGAAAUUCCUAUUCAUACCCAUGGUAAAGCACCAAGUAAUUCUUCUAGAAAAUGUAAGCGUGGAGAGAAAGAGCUGAAUUGGUGUAAAAGAAGUGUUUUGUUUGAAUUGCCAUACUGGUCAAAGCUCUUGCUGCGUUACAAUCUUGCUGUGAUGCAUAUAGAGAAAAAUGUAUGUGAUAACAUUAUUGGAACACUUUUAGACAUUGAAGGUAAAUCGAAAGACACUUUAAAAUCUCGUGAGGAUUUACAAAAUUUUAAUAUUCAUGAAGAGCUUUGGCUGAAGAAGGACCUAUCUAAUAACAAGCUUGAAAAACCUUAUGCUAGUUACACUUUGACGAGAGAAGAAUGCAAAGAUUUUUGUAAAUUCAUUCAAAGUGUUAGAUUACCGGAUGGAUAUGCUUCAAAUAUUAGUCGAUGUGUAACAGAUAAUGACAAACUAGGAGGAAUGAAAACUCAUGAUUGUCAUGUUUUACUUCAUAAGAUAUUACCAGCUGCAUUACUUCCUUUUCUGACAGACAACAUUCGUGGUACUUUGAUUGAACUCUGCCAAUUCUUUCAAAAAAUCUGUGCAAAAACAUUACAAAUUUUUUACAUAGAAGAAUUGAGCGAUGGAAUUGUAAUAAUUUUGUGCAAGUUGGAAAAGAUAUUUCCCCCAUCAUUUUUUACCAUAAUGGUUCAUCUUUGUGUUCACCUACCCGAUCAAGUGUUAUUAGGUGGUCCAGUUGCUUCGAGAUGGAUGUUUGGGACAGAACUCCAUAUGGGUUUGUACAAGAAAUAUGUGAGAAACAUGUCUCGGCCUGAUGGUUCAAUAGCAGAAGCUUUUGUUGUAGAUGAAGAUGUAACUUUCUUGUCAAGAUAUGUUUCUAACAUAGAGACAAGAUUCACAAGACCCGAGCGUAAUUGGGAUAUACCUUCUCCAAAUCAUAAGUUAGAUUUUUUCAACUCCAACGGUCGUCCAUUAGGGGCAUCUACUAUCAAAUUGCUUCAAAAUGGAGACAAGUCGUUUAAUGAUCUUUCAGAUUCAGAAGUUGCCUUAGAGCACAAAGAACAAUUUCCUUCUUGGUUUAAGAAUAAAGUGUCUCAAAUGCGAGUUCAAAAAUCACCUCUUGCCAAUGAUGAUUUGUACUCUUUAUCUCAAGGUCCACUUGAACGGUACAACACCUACCAAAGUUGUAUUGUAAAUGGUGUUCGAUUUCGAUGUAAAGAGCAUGAAGAUACUCUUAAGACACAAUGUUCUAGAAUUUGCACUGAAGGUGAUCAUGACAAUAUUAAUAUCCUAUACUAUGGUGUCUUGAUUGAGAUUUUUCAGUUGUCAUUCGUUUUAGAUUGGAAGGUGUUCUUAUUUCGUUGCAAGUGGUAUAAUUCUAAUCCAAAAGGUAGAUCAAUUGUUGUGGAUCAUAAUUUGACUUCCAUCAAUACAUCUACUGAUUGGUAUUCUAAUGAACCAUUUAUCUUGGCAACUCAAGCACAACAAGUUUUCUAUUUGCUUGAUAUGAAGCGUGGUUCAAAUUGGCGGAUUGUUCAAAAAGUAAAUCAUCGAUCUAUUUAUGACAUUCCUGAAAUUAUGGAAGAGACAGUAAAUAAUGAUGUGUUUCAAGAAGAAGAAUCAUUUCAAUUGCCACCUUUUCAACCAACUGAGGAUUUCAUUGAAAGUUUGUCUUUAGUUCGAUUAGAUGUUCCAUCUGUAACUCUUUCAGACCAACUUGUUGUUGAUUUAUUUUUAAACCAAAAUCAAAAUGUUGACAAGGAUAGUGACUUAGAUGAAGAUUUUGAAGAAGGAAAUAGAUUCUCUAAUAAUGAAACAUUUCUCUCAAGUGAUGACACCAAAAGUUAUAAAGAAUCAAAAUGUGAUGAUGAUGCAGAUUCUUAA